AUGUCUUCGACUCUGGCCCAGCCCAGCUUUCUCAAAGCCCUCUAUGUUGGCAAUGCCCUCUGGUUCACCAGCGCAUUCUACCACUUCUCCUUCCGCCAGGAUUUCAUGAUGCGCAAGCUCUCCCUGCGCCGCUCUUCCCCCGACGCCGCCGUCGCGGCCCUGCCUUCUGGCGACGCCUGGCACCACGACGUCAUGGCCUACCUCGGGGGCAUGAACACGGCCAUGGCCGCGCUCGCCGUCUUUCGCGUCUACGGCCUCUUCAGGCGCGCCGUCACCGGCAGCACCGCCGCCUUUUCGAUCCGCAACGCCGACGGCGACUUUUCGCCCGACUUCAUGGUGCUGAUUGUGCUGGGCAUCGGCAACUGCUCGCAGGCGGUGCUCAACUUUACCCGGAGCCGCAGCUCGGACCGCUGGAUCAUGGGCAAAGGCCUGGAUCGCAUCACGGUCCUGGAUGCCGUCUUCACGGUCCUGGACUGGGCUGCUGCUUUCGGCGGCCUAUAA